AUGGGUUUAACUGCCUCUGUGGGCAUAGGCGGGGGUGCUUUUAGUCACUGUGUCAUUACAACAGAAGACUUCACUGAGAGACUGCAGCAGAUUGUUGACUUCACUAUGGACACCCUGGCUUCCCUCCAGUGUCAGAUGACCUCACUUGCUAAAGUUAUUCUCCAGAACUGCCAUGUACUUGACCUGCUGACAGCUGAGAAAGGGAUGCCUAAUUCUUCAGGCCUUGUGAGCCGUCGUAACACCAUCUCUCAAACAGAUGCAUUGCUUAAGGAAUCUGGUGCCAUUCCCCUUGGAAUAACCAACUGCAGUGAACUGUGCAUGUGGUAUGAGUCAAGUAAUAAGAUUUAUGGACGUUCCAACAACCCCUAUGACUUGCAACGUAUUGUAGGUGGAAGUUCUGGUGGUGAGUGAUGUUCCCUGGCAGCUGAUUGUUCAGUAAUUGGUGUGGGAUCUGAUACUGGUGGCAGCAUCCGGAUGCCUGCUUUUUUCAAUGGCGUAUUUGGACAUAAAUCUUCCCCAAGAUAUAUUCCCAAGAGAGGAAUUUCUAAGUUUUACAGUAGUUCCAUUUCUAGGGUGCUGCGAAUUCUCAGACUGCUCUUCAUAGGGGCUGUGGCUUACCUAGAAACUAUAGUAGGGGCCUCAGUCCAACAUGUUAAAUUGAAGCAAAUGAAGUAUUCUUUUCAGUUGUGGGUUACAAUGAUGUCAGCCAUGGAAUAUGAUGGGAAGGAACCUAUGAAAUUUGUGGACUUGCUUGGUGACCAUGGGAAAUCUGUAAACGCUCUAUGGGAAUUGGUAAAAUGGUGUCUGGGUAUGUCAAUACACACCAUACCUUCUAUUGGACUGGCCUUGUUGGAAGAAAAGCUUAAGUAUAGAAAUGAGAAAUACAAGAAGUAUAAGGCAAUGGAAGAAAGUCUACGUAAUGAGCUGUUGGAGAUUCUUGGAGAUGAUGGAGUCUUCUUAUAUCCUUCUCAUCCCACAGUGGCUCCCAAGCAUCAUGUUCCUCUGACAAGACCUUUCAAUUUUGCUUAUAGAGGUAUCUUCAAUUUCCUAGGAUUGCCAGUAAUUCAGUGUCCAUUAGGUCUGAAUACCAAAGGACUUCCUUUAGGAAUCCAGAUUGUGGCUGGACCCUUUAAUGAUCACCUGACCCUUGCUGUGGCCCAGAAUUUGGAGAAAAGUUUUGGGGGCUGGGUCUGUCCAGGAAAGUUCUAA